AUGACCACUCCAACAGGACACACGGAUGAAGGAGUCAGAUUUGAAAAGGGAAACUGCGGAGUCAGCAUAAUGAGAAGUGGCGAGGCAAUGGAACAAGGUUUACGGGACUGCUGUAGAUCAAUCCGCAUAGGAAAAAUCCUGAUCCAGAGCGACGAGGAGACUCAAAGAGCCAAAGUGUACUAUGCGAAGUUCCCACCCGACAUUUACAGGAGAAAAGUUCUUCUAAUGUACCCCAUACUAAGUACUGGCAAUGCUGUCAUUGAGGCUGUCAAAGUUCUUCUGGAACACAGCGCACAACCAAGUGUCAUUAACCUGCUAAGCCUCUUCUCCACACCUCAUGGUGCCAAAUCCAUCAUCCAGGAAUUCCCAGAGAUCACAAUUUUAAGUACAGAAGUUCAUCCUGUCGCACCAACACACUUCGGACAGAAGUGUUUUGGAACAGACUGA